AUGUCUAACAAUAAUAAUAAUGUGUUAAUCCAGCAAAAUGGAACUAAAAAACAGACCCAUGUCAUUCCAAUUGAUAAUUUAGAAACUUUACCACCUACAGAUCAGCCAAUACUUGUACGAAGUAUUAGCCAAAAACCAACGAUUGAUGUGAUACAAGAAGAAUAUUCUAGUGAUGUUGACGUUGAUACCAUAGAUGUGAAAAUUAAAAUAAAAGAUAAUAUUGAGAAGAAUAAUGAUACGAAAAUAUUUACAAUUAAUCGUAAUCCGUUAGAAGGGCAUGUAAAUGGUGGAUUUGAUGUGAAUACAUCCUCAAUUGAUGAAAGUUAUCAUAGUUUGCCAGUUAUAUCAGAACAGUAUUGUUGUUGCAAAAGUUGGACCGGAUUAGAAAGCACAUUGUUGAAAGGAGUUGGAAUAUUAGUUGUAAUUAUUAUUAUAGUUGCUAUUAUUGUUAGCAUCGUUAAAUAUACUGGACAAGAUGAUGAUAAAAUACCAAACGAUAGAAAUAAAUUUACAUGGAAUUUUUAAUUUUUGAGUAAUUUUUGAA